AUGUCGUUGUUCAGCUUAGUCCUGACAGGCCUCGCUGCCACUAGCGCAUAUGCCCAAUCCCGCCCGUACAAUGGCUACCAGGAGAAACAGUUCUCACAAAACUUCUAUGACUCCUACAAUCCUAUCAAACACAUGGGCGGCAUUGGUCCUUACUCAGAUCGCGUUGGGUACGGAAUUGAUCCAAACCCACCCGCAGGAUGUGCCGUCGACCAGGUCAUAAUGCUGAUGCGCCAUGGCGAGCGGUACCCAGAUGCCACCACCGCCGCAAAGAAUCAGGCUGCUCUCAACAAAGUCUAUGCCUCCAAGAUCACCAAUUGGGCAGGCGACCUAGCCUUCCUGAACGACUGGACAUUCUACAUCGCCAACCAGGGUCUUUUGGAGCAAGAGACCUUCUCAGGCCCGCGCGGGUCAGAAUACGGCAGUAAGUACGGCCACCUCUGGGACGGACAAACCACUGUUCCCAUCUUUGCAGGCGGCUAUGAGCGAGUUGUUGAAACUGCCCGAUACUUUGGUAUGGGCUUCUUCGGCUACAACUACUCCACCAGCGCGGCCAUGAACAUCAUCAGUGAGAACUACACCCAAGGCGCCGACAGCCUUACACCAACAUGUCUCGCAGAUACAGGUCUACUUGCCUGCUUCUACACGGUCAGAACGCUGCCACAAUUCGAGGUAGCCGCCGAGAGAUUCAAUGCCCAAAACCCAGGUCUCAACCUGAAUUCCACAGACAUCCCAGCACUCAUGGCUGUGGGCACAUUCGAGCUCCAGACCCGACCAAACUCGCCGUGGAUCAACGCCUUCACGCUCGACGAGUGGGUCGCUUUCGGGUACAUCCAAGACCUGUCAUAUUAUUAUUGCUCAGGCCCCGGCGACCACUACCAAACAGCAGUUGGCCAAGUCUUCGCCAACGCCUCCCUGGCUCUCAUGGAAGCCGGACCCUCACACCUCCCCAUGUCCUGGAACUUCGCGCACGAUGCGUACAUUACCCCCAUCGUCGCCGCGCUCGGUCUAGACGUUCCAUCGUCCCCGCUACCCAACAAUUCGGUCCCAUUUCCUAACCCGUACAACUCUGCCGACAUCGUCCCCAUGGGCGGCCAUUUGGUCCUGGAACGACUCUCCUGCAACGCCACCGCCAGUAGUGCAGCAGGAACCUACGUUCGCGCCGUGAUCAACGAGGCCGUUGUCCCGUGGCCAACUUGUCAAAGUGGACCUGGCUUUUCAUGCCCCUUCGCCAACUUCACCACUAUCGUCAACAACAUCCCCAACUUUGUGUCCACCUGCGGUGUCGCAAAGGCCGGGUAUCCCGAGUACCUGGACUUUUGGUGGAACUAUAACACGACGCAGACGCUCAACUAUCAAAACGGCUCGAUUGGAUAUCGUGAGACAUACACUCUUGUCUGA